GGAGGCCCCGCUGGACCCGAGAAACGCCCCGAUUCCACACGGCCUGCGAUGUCCGGGGAAAAGUUGGCAGAGUUGCGCACGGUGUCCGCGGGGGGAAAUGAUGCGUGUGUGUGUGCGUGUGUGUGUUUGACCCUAAUGUAGUGCGAAACAAGGAGGGAGACGGAUAAACUACACUGGAAUGAUUUGCGCACGAAGGCGCAAAAGCGCGCACGUCAGAGCGGAUAUUAUGGAUCUUUUAUCCAAACAGAAAGUCUCUGAAGAGGCUCGCUGCUGAUGGUACCUUCCUGGAGGCUGAUGGAAGUUGACAGCUGCUACAAAAAACAACUGCAUUCAUGCCCGACGGGUCUGAGUAAACCGGUGAGUUUAGUCAUGGAUGAUCAUCACGGAUCCCAGUCCCAUCCGAGGAGGUCUGAUCUGAGGGUGUCGACCAAAAGCAAAGCGCCAUCUCCACCAGCUCUAAAGAAGCUGGAUUCCCCAGGUUUCUCCCAGUGGUAUCCAGGAAACCCUUGCUUAACCAUGGACCAGAAGGAAAACCUCAUCGAUAAAGAGCUCUCUCUGACAGUGGUGCUGCCUGGCGGAGUGGAAAAGACGACCGUCGUUCAUGGAAGCAAACCCCUGAUGGAUUUAUUAGUGACGCUCUGUGCGAAGUAUCACCUGAACCCGUCGAGCCACACGUUGGAGCUGGUCACCACCAGCAGGAACAACGUCAAGCUCAAGCCCAACGCGCUCAUAGGAACUCUGGACGCAGAGAGGAUCAUUCUCAAACACAAAGGAGAGGAUAAAAAUAAGAAGACGGGCCCUCAGAUGCCUGAGGCAACCGUUCGAAUGGUGAUAAACUACAAGAAGACCCAGAAAACGAUACUGCGAGUGAAUCCCCGGGUUGCCCUCGCUGAGCUCUUACCGGCAAUCUGUGAGAAAUGUGAAUUUGACAUGGAGACUACAGUGCUUUUGAGAGACGUCCAAUCACUGGCUCCGCUGGACUUGUCCAGUUCUCUUAACGAUUAUGCAAUACGGGAGGUUUAUGCAAGAGACACGAAAGGACAGCCGACUCCUCCUGUGUCUCCACGCUCACCAAACUAUUCAGGAACAGUUACACCAGGCAAAGACAAAACUCAGAAAGAGAAAGAAAACAAAGGCCUCUUCAGCAAAUUUAGAAAAAGCAAGAAAAAAUCUGAACAGCCGACGACGGCCAGCGCUCCAGCUUCGCCCGUGCUCGUGAGCAAGCCCCGACCGCUCAGUAUGGCCUUACCCAGCUCCAACUCGUCUCAGUUCAGCUUCUCGGCGAUAUCCGCCGACGUGCCAAAGAAGAGACGUGCGCCCCAGCCCCCGGUCCCUGGAUCUGCCAGCCCCCCCUCGGAGGUCGUCGCUCGCCAGAGACUCUACUCUGAACCCUGUGGCCGACCGGACAGCGAGAUGAGCAGUUUGAGCCGGGGAUCCUCAGCGGAGUCCUCGCUGAAGAAAACAAAGCGUAAGGCUCCUCCACCGCCCACGACUCCGAGCUCUGUGGUCCCGCCGUCCGACCCUCAAGACGAAAACUUGCAAGUGGACUCGGCUGCUGAUACACUGGAGGAAAUAAUGGAGCAGGAGGAGAUGUCUGCACCUGCUGGCAACACCCAGGGAGUGGACAGCAGCCCCCACAUGUCCCCGUCCCCAGACGUCCAGGUUCAGAGCCCUGUGGACGGAAAUGGGGAAGAUCAGUCCUGUGAUCUGUCCUCCGAUGGCAAUCAACUGCAGAGUCCAGUGGAUGAUUCUGCAGCUCUGAGCAUGAAGAAGAAUGAGGGGACAGAUUUACCUGAGCUGGCAGACACGAAUAGCAAUUCAUUUCAAGUGGAAAAUGCAGGUCCAUCUCCGGCCUGCGAGGAGACGAUGGCCGACAGCGUGGAAGCGGACUGCAGUGCUGCUCCUGACGGCCUCCCUCCGCCCGUGGAGCAGGAGACGGAGGCUCCGGCCUCUGCUCAAGCAAACACUGAAACCCUCGGGGAGCUGACUGACAGGUUAGAGGGCCCGGCGGCCACCAGCACAUCACGCCCCGCUGGAGAGGAUGCUCAAGUGCAGACAGACUUCACACGCCUCCCCGAGCCGCUGCAGCAACACGUGGAUAAAGCCUGUGUGUCGGCCAGCGAGCCUGUGCUCGACUCGGCUGGGAAGAAAGACAUUGCCACUCUGACAGAAGACCUGCCCCCCUUCGAACCCGGACAGGCGGUAGCACUUAUCUCAGAGGCCUCCCAGUGCCGGGACCCGACUCCCAGUGCCACGUUAAAGCCGCCGUCCCAGCAUGCCACGAACUCUGAGCCAAAGCCGAAGCCCUCCAACGAACUGACGAGGGACUACAUCCCCAAAGUGGGGAUGACGACGUACACCAUCGUGCCUCAGAAGUCUCUGGAGAAGCUGAGAUAUUUCGAAGUUGCACUGACACUGGAGACGCCUCCCGGAGCUCCGGAGGACGGACUUAAUAUCGGUUCUCUUCAUUUAGACGAGAGCUCGGCGCAGGGGUCCGAGACUGAGGUCCUGAGAGGAAAGAGCGAGCAGCAUGCUGCUUCCGCUCCACCCAGCGACGACUCGCUGAUCAGCACUACUACUACUCAACGCACUGUUAAUGGAAGUAUACCUGAAUCCGCUCAUUUGAAAUCGCCCGCAAGUUUGCGCGACGCCGACAAGAUCUCGGCCUUGGCUAAUGGAGCAUCUCAAGCCGGUUCACCAGCAGAGGUCAAGGAGAUGAAAAUUCCACCCGCAACUAAACCCAAGCCCGGUUCUUUCCGCUUGGCACAGCACAAAAAAACACCUGGGUAUUAUGUAACCUCAGCGGCAGAGAAGAGUCUUAACGCCGGCCCGAGGGAGGCUCCGAGGAGUCCAGAGGACACCAAGUUACCGCCGCCUCCUCCUUCACCUCCCGCUCAGGGUCAAGAGGAGUCGGCCGGGGCCGCCGACGUCCGGCUGAGCCCAAAACAAGAUGACAGGAAUGCAGCCUUAACGCGGCUGGCGAGGCAGAGCAGCCUGCCGUCCCGGGAGCCGAUCGUAGGUUUGAGUUUGGAGAAGCUGAGGAGCUUUGCCGCUCCUCGGCCUUAUUCUCCCUCGACCCCUUCCCGCUUCGCCCAGGCGGUGUCCUCUGCUGUCAGGAGGAGCCACUCUUUAACCCACGGGCCGAAAACACCCCCCUCCAUGGCGUCCCCGCCCGUCUCUCCCGCCAAACAUCUCUCACCAGUCACAGAGCCACAAGGAUUCCCUGAACUCCAGGAGUGUGAAAGCAGAGAGGCGGCGGGUGACGGCUGUCCUCCGCAGAGGGAAGCGGACGAACCUUCAUUUACGGAGAUUGUUCAGGUGGACGGAGAGAGCGGUCCAUAAGGCGUGCCUCAACUCCUCUGGCAGCAUAUCAGACAGGGACUUCGACUGCUCCUCAGAUCUUCAUCCCGUGACACAGAUGAAAAAACUGUCAUAGCUAUACCUCUUUUCAUAGCCUUCAACUACAUAGAUUUAUGUAUUUUGAUAAUAUUUGCCGCAUCUUGUUUUUUUUCAUGUCACUAAGUAAUACCUUCGCCUUAUCUGCAUAGCUUAACACUUAAAAUUCCAUCUUUUGUGAUGACUAUCUUGCCUUUAAUGUGUUACUGUUGUGAGUGAUCAAUGAUGAAUAAUGAAAACAGUUUUAUAAGUUAUUAGACUUAUUCACAGAGUUUAAUGUUUUUUGUUUUUUGUUUUUUUUUUAAGAAAAUGUAUUAUCUAAAUAAUACUGGAGAUGUAAGUUGGAGCAGGUCUGAUCCUACGAUAAACACUUCUUAGAUUUUUACAUCAGAUCUGUAUUUAAGUGUUUCAGAGUUUUGAUUAAUGUGCAGAAAUACACUGACGUUCGCACCUGUUGCUCCUGUCAAACAGUGAUGUUCCGACGAAUAAAGCUUUUAUCAAGUUCAGUCGA